AUGUAUAAACAACUUCAACUCACAAGAGAUUUGGAACAACGCAAGGUGUCCAUCUGCUGCUUACAAGAGACGAAAAUAACUGAACAUGGAAGCUCGAAGAUAGGCGAUUACACACUAAUUACCCUCCCAACUACCUGUCGUCACUACGGCCUUGGGUUUGCAAUCAACAGAAAACUGGACGAACACAUAUCCCGGGUGUGGUCCGUCUCGGACAGGAUUGCGGUACUCCAAAUCAAAUGGGGAACGAAACCGAACUCCCUCGUCACAAUCAUUAAUGUGUACGCGCCAACUGGAGUCAGAGCCCUUGCUAAUCCGGAUGAACUUGAUGAAUUCUAUUCCACUCUCACAAAUUUAUACAACACACUCAGAUCCUCGUAUAUGUGUUUCAUUGCUGGUGAUUGGAACGCCAGAGCAGGGAAAGCCAGGCCCGGAGAAACAUGCAUAGGAUCCCAUGGAAGAAACCGGAGAAAUGUGCCUGGAACUGCCUUGAUCCAAUUCUGCACCUAUUUAGACCUAUUCUUAUGCAACACGGCAUUCCGUCAUCCAGCCAGGCACAAAACAACAUGGACUGGAACCAGAAAGGACUCAAAUGGAAAUUACAUACCUAUAUUCAAUCAAAUAGACUACAUCCUCUGCAAAGCUGCCCAUAAACAUCUACUUGUGGAUUCACGUUCAUACGGGGGACUGGAGACAAAUAGUGACCACAAACUAGUAAUCACUAGCAUCGGACUGUACAAGACAUACAACAAACUGAAAAAACUUACGCAUGAUGAACAAGAAAGCUAUAAUCUUGAAUUAUUCCGUGAUGAAAAACUCAAACAGAACUAUGCAGACAAACUACAGGAAGAACUCGACAAUAUUGACACAACAAAACCUGCAAAUGCGAUUUGGGAUGCAGUGACCAGUGCAAUGAAGAAGACAGCUGUAAAUGUUGUUGGACUCACUCGAAAAAAACACAAAUUUCCGAUAACGAGAUUUGCUCCCUCUCAGAAAGGCAGAAAACCUUGA